CUCCACAUGUACAUCAUCAGCUGGAAUGUGGUGAGCAGCGACAAACAAGGCAGGCAGGCAGGCAGGCAGAUCUCCGACGAACAAGGCAGGAAGGCAGGCAGGCGAUGCUUACGACACUUGUCGUUGUGGAUCUUGCAUGCGUGGAGGCCGGUUGGGCGACCACCUUUUCACUCAUCAAGCAGCACUACGGCAGCCUGACCGACUUCCUUGCCAAGCACAGUGUGGACAUCUUCUGUAUCCAGGAGGCGAAGGCCACCGUAGAGAAGCUCAAGACCGAGCCGAAGAGCUAUGCGGCCAACGAGGAGGGAUACGACACAUUCUGGGCGUGGUCAGCUGCUCACUGCAUCCACCAUUUCCAUGUGCUGCGAGGGUGCGCACACGUCUGUAUGUGCGUGUUGCGGUGUUUGUUUGCAGCUGCAAGGGCAAUGCCAAGCGCGGGCUGAUGGGUUACUCCGGGUGUGCGACCUUCGCAAAGAAGGGCCUCACUCUUCGGGCGGACAGCGAGCCAUUCGCUGACGCAGAGCUCAACGCAGAGGGAAGGUAUGUAUCCACAAAGGCAGGCACGAACAGGCAGAUCGGUGUGUGUAGGCCUGUGUGUGGUUCUUUCGGUUCCAGGGUGUUGGUGACGGAGCAUCAGCACUUCAUCAUCAUCAACAGUAAGCAUGUCCUUCCUUCACCACUCACUUCGCCCCACCCACCUCCCUCGUCUGUGGCCUCGUCUUCCCCUCAGUCUACGCGCCGACGAGCGGCAAGGCCUACGAUCGCCUUCCCCACAAGCUGCGUUUCUUCAAUGCGCUCCGCGACCACAUGAACCACCUCCGCCGCACCACAGGCAAGCCCAUCAUCCUCCUAGGCGACCUCAACAUCGCAUUCGGGCCGCGCGACGUGACGCCCAAAGACCGUAUCAUCGACCUCACUACCCUGAGUGAGUCGCGAGAAGCAGCCAGAAGGCCCCCCACAUGA